AGACUGCACAGCAUAAUUAUGUCAGCGGAGAAAACAGUGACGACAGCUGCGAGUUUCAGCUAAUUGUGCUUACAGUGCGCAAAAGCGUAGUAUCGCUUUUAGGGGAUUUUUAAUGUCAUUUAACACUGCUUUACUUAAAACGUUAUCUAGUUAUUAUGUUAUAUCACCGACCCGAAAUGAUUUGGUUAUUGGCUCCGAUAAUUUUGACUCUGAACUGUCGAAGGGUCGCAUCAAUCAUGUGUUAUGAAUGCACACGCUCGUCUCCGGCUACACAACAACAUCUGUGCCCCAAUCAAUACGCUAAACAAAAUCUGAGCGCUUAUGUCAAGACACAGUGCAAACGCACAAGUUACUGUGCAGAGGUAGCCUACGCAGUGAAUCAAGGCGACGUUAAGUACAACUUCCGAGGCAAAGGCUGCCUCGGCGAUAACGAUCUAGCCAGCCAAUAUAUGGACAAUCCUAGUCCAGGAUGCAAAGUAAGCGGUGAUAGCGAAGCUCCAUAUGUUUACUGCUUGUGUAAUACUGACCUAUGCAACAACCGAACUUUGGAUGAAAUAAUGGCUUCCCGAUCCGCGUACAACUUACUGCAUCCCGUUCUUUUGAUUUUUUAUUUUGGGUUCCAUGUUGAAGCGUUGCGCUGGUGAAAAUGUGUGAUAGAGCAUGCGCAGUCUAACUGCCUUGUGCACUGCAGUUAACUACAGAACAAUCAAGGAAUAAGCACCGUUACAUUUUUUAAGAUGUUCGAGUUAUCAAUCUUAUGAUAAGUAAUAUUUGGAUACCGCGUAGAAUAGAUAUAAGUAUGUGCAUAUCAGUCGGCGACAGUGCCACUUGAUG